UCAGGCGCUGCUGCGGCCGCCUCUUUCGGGUCUUAGGAGCCGCGGUGGCGACGGCGGCUUGGGGAAAGAUGGCGGCGACCUGGUGGCGAGUCGCGUUGUACGGGAGUUGGAGGUGGCGGGGCUUCAGCACCUCAGCCGCCCUGAGCCGCCGGACCGCUCCUCUGGGGCCCAUGCCCAACGAGGUCAUCGACGUGAGCAACCUGGAGCGGCUGAAGAAGUACCGCAGCUUCGACCGCUACCGGCGCCGGGCGGAGCAGGAGGCUCGGGACCCGCACUGGUGGCGGACCUACCGGGAGCAUUUCGGAGAGGAGUCAGUUCAGGAGCUCCCUAAGGGUGGGGAUCCUGCCUGUCUUGACCACCAUUGGAUCCUUGCACCCGCACAGUGCUUGGCACACCCCAAAGACAAGAUUGACAUUGGGUUGCCUGCACCUAAGGUCUGCCGGACCCAACAGCUGUUGGAGCGGAAGCGGGUCCUCCAGGCACUGCGGGCCAAUGUGGAGGAGGAACGGGCCGCUCGCCUCCGCACAGCACGCAUCCCACUGGAGGCAGUGAGGGCUGAGUGGGAGAGGACCUGUGGCCCCUACCACAAGCAGCGUCUGGCUGAACACUACGGCCUCUAUCGAGACCUGUUCCACGGGGCCACCUUCGUGCCCCGAGUCCCCCUGCAUGUGGCCUACGCUAUAGGCGAGGACGACUUGGUGCCUGUGUACUACGGCAAUGAGGUCACUCCAACUGAGGCUGCCCAGGCCCCGGAGGUGACCUAUAAGGCAGGCGAGGGCUCCAUGUGGACACUGCUGCUCACCAACUUGGAUGGACACCUGCUGGAACCGGAUGCCGAGUAUUUGCACUGGCUGCUAACCAACAUCCCAGGCAACAGGGUGGCUGAAGGACAGGAGACGUGUCCCUACCUGCCCCCCUUCCCUGCCCGAGGCUCCGGCUUCCACCGCUUUGCCUUUCUGCUCUUCAAGCAGGACAAGCCAAUCGACUUCUCUGGGGACACCCGGCCCUCACCCUGCUACCAGCUUGCCCAGCGGACCUUCCACACUUUUGAUUUCUACAAGAAACACCAAGAUGCCAUGACUCCAGCUGGCCUGGCCUUCUUCCAGUGCCGCUGGGAUGACUCGGUCACCCACAUCUUCCACCAGCUCCUGGACAUGCGAGAGCCUGUGUUUGAGUUUAUGCGGCCGCCCCCUUAUCACCCUAAGCAGAAGCGCUUCCCCCACCGGCAGCCCCUGCGCUACCUGGACCGGUACAGAGACAGUCACGAACCCACCUAUGGCAUCUACUGAGUGGCUGGAGUGCCACCCCCCUCAGAGAGUGGACUGGGCCUCUCAGGCCACCCUGUCAGGCUCCGCAGGCGGGAGCAAUAGAGACACAGUGCCAAGGGGGGCAAGCAUUGGGGUUCUCCGGCCUGCCUGAGGCAGCCCCUCUGCUGCCCUCCCAGCAGGCCCAGGGCUUGGAAGUGAAGAAAGCUGGGGAGUUGGGGGUAUGAAUAUAUUGAUUUUUGCUGUA